CAUUUUAGUGCGCACUUCUAUGAAAACUCCCUCUUCUUCUCUCUCUUUCUUACGGUUCUUUGAGUGACUGUUUGGUUAUUGGUGAUGGAAAUGGCAUUUGAGGAGCUUAAGAUAAGAAGCUUCGACCGCGAAAUCGAUAGAGAACGCAUCGAGGAUUUCGAGCGGCGGUGUGAAAUCGGACCAGCUGAGAGUGUGUUCCUCUUCACAGACACCAUGGGUGACCCUAUUUGUAGGAUCCGUCACUGCCCUCAAUACAAAAUGCUGGUGGCCGAGUUGAAUCAUGAGUUGGUAGGUGUCAUCCAAGGUUCCAUUAAGAUAGUAACAGUUUGUAAGGAUCAAGCCCGGGUCGGGUACAUAUUAGGGCUCCGAAUUGCUCCUCUUCACCGGAGAAAAGGCAUUGGUAUGAAGCUAGUGAAACGUCUUGAAGAAUGGUUCAUUGCUAACCAUGUGGACUUCUCAUACAUGGCCACUGAUAAGGAUAAUGAAGCCUCAGUGAAGCUAUUCACAAACAAACUCGGGUAUGUGAAGUUUCGGACUCCGGCCAUACUAGUCCACCCGGUGGGUAUGAGAAGGAUGCGAAUCUCACCAACCGUCGAGAUUGCGAAGCUCAAGAUAGAAGAUGCAGAGCGUCUCUACCGUAUGUUCAUGGGGUCCACUGAGUUCUUUCCGAGAGACAUCGACCGAGUUUUAAGAAAUAAGCUGAGUUUAGGCACCUGGAUUGCCUACCCACGAGGUGAGUCGUGGGUCAACUCAUCCGGUCAAGGCCAACUCCCACCCAAUUGGGCCAUGGUGAGUGUGUGGAACAGUGGAGAUGUGUUCAAGCUGAGGGUAGGGAAAGCACCUUUAUCAUGCGUCAUGUAUGCCAAGAGCUCAAGAUUGAUGGAUCGGGCGUUCCCGUGCUUGAAGAUUCCGGUGUUCCCGGAUGUUUUCCGGCCAUUCGGGUUCUAUUUCAUGUACGGGUUGCACCAGGAAGGGCCGAGGUCGGGUGUAUUGGUGAGUUCCUUGUGCAGGUUUGUACAUAACAUGGCGAAGGAGUUGGAUGAGGAGGACUGUAAGGUAAUUGUGACGGAGGUUGGGGGUGAUGACACACUCAAACUUCACAUCCCACAUUGGAAAUUGUUGUCCUGCGCAGAGGAUUUUUGGUGCAUAAAGGGGUUGAGGAAAGAAGCCCAAGAUACCUUGUUUGAAUUAUUAACCAAAAAGCCAGCCAGCAGAGCCCUUUUCGUCGACCCUAGAGAGGUUUGAAAGGAAACAAAGUAAGGGUAUCCCUCAACUCAAAGGGUCCUACAAGUACCCCCCCCCCCUCUUUUCCCGGGGAUCAAGAUAGUAACAUCCGGGUUGGGAAUGUGGGAAUGAAUUGUGGAUUCUUGUAGUUGUUGUUAUAGUAGUAGUAGUAGUAGUAGUAGUAGGCUUCAUGUUCUGAAGCACUUAUUCACUCACUCUCUCCCCUCGUGAGAGGUGAUCAGUUGUUCCUUUCACUUUUUCAUGAGAUCAUAUCUUUCAAGAUUUCCU